AAUUAAUUAAGUGUUAAGAUAAUGCGAAUUUUUUUAAAUUCAUUUUUUUUCACAGAAUGAGUCAGAUCAUAAAGAUGCAUUCAGUUUUGUUUUAUUUGGUCAUUUAGUCGGUGCAGGUAUACUCAUAAGCCUUCUUAGCUAUCUAUAUUUAAUAGUGAGUAUUUAUGAAUCUUUUUUACAAAUAUGACUGCACAGGGCUGUGUUAUUUGAUGUAUUAUUUGAUUACUUAACAGUAUUAUUCAUUAGUUCAAUGUGUACAGGGUACCAACACGGAUCAGGGAAGAGAUCUUGAACUUAUAAUUUUAAUCAUGUACGAGUUUCUUAUUGUUUUUGUACUCUUCUCUCAUUGCGUGGUUGGCCAGUAUUUAUAUUUAGAGAGCGUCAACAUACACGAUGCAUUUUACAAUUGCAAAUGGUACGACAUGUCAAGAGAGGAUAAAACGAUUAUUAAGUUUUGUAUCGCAAGAUCACAACAGCCGCUUUGCUUAACUGCUGGACAAUUCGGUACCUUUUCGCUGGAAAUGUUGACCAAUGUCUUAAAAACAUCUAUGGCGUACUUGUCUCUGGGACAACUUGUCUUUGGGAUUUAUGUCCCAAAUUAAUAUUAAAUAUUUACACAUAUAUAAUCCAAUAAGGUAGCCAAAUCCUUGUGUAUGUUCAAUCUAUGUAUUUCUUCGCGCACUUCCUGCAUUUCACUUGUUCACAUUCGUUCUAAACUUCUCAAUUAUUUCUUUCAAACUUCUAAUCCAGUCUAAGCUCCUAUCUCUUCUACCUUAAUUUCCUCCCAAUCCAGUAAAUCGAUCAUUGUCAUUCUUUCUAUCGUACUCACUCAUUCAUAGGUGAUUACGAGCCAAAUGACGCGCAUAUAAAUGCAUAGCGUAUAGCGUCACGCUAUUCGCACGUAAAAUAUUAAAGAGUUUCUUAUGUUAGUCAAUCCGAAGCUCCUUCUAUGCAGGUAACAGCUUUUCCGCAGCUUCGUUGUUUCGGUACUCUGUGACAAACUUCACCUUAUCCAUGAAGAAGUCAUGCUGGGAACGAUUUUUGUAUUUUAUUAAAUGUCACUAAUCUCCCAAAUGAAUUAAGCAUAAUAUCAUGAUGUUAUAACAAUUUCAACAGUAGCAAUAAAAAUUAUAAUUUCUAAUAUUCCUACAAUUCUCUUAAAACGUCAAGUUGAACUACUUGUACAAAUAAAAAAAAACAAAAUGAUUCCUCAAUGCCUUAUCCAUAUCCUUAACCUUGUCACUCAACACUAACUUUUGAUCUUUUCUCUUUGCAGACCUCAAAACUUAUUUAUUGAUAUAAUUAUUGCUUCAAAUAAUACGUUUUUGUUCGCCUAGCACAUUUGCUGUAUGUUUUAUUGAUCGUACGUCCUAAAUGCUACAUUAAGAUGCGGUCAAAAUUAUAUACUUAAAAUUGUAUUUGAUUAUGACCAAUAUAGCAUUCAGCACAUCUUUCAGGUAGAAUUCAGAUUCUUAAGGUAAGUUCGUUUAUCGUGGAUGCUGAUGCGAGAAUUAUAAUGGACAUUUUCAACAUUGUGUCGUAUCAACACAGAGUAAAAAAAUUAACGAAAUUAUCCUCUUUGGUGGCAUUGAACCAACAGUGCGUCAAUGGUGAAUUUCCUAAAUGUUAUAUCUAAUAGGUAUAAUUAACGAUCCGAAGAACUUCCGAAUCAAAAUCGUCAAUCGUAUGUACAAGUUAUUAUUUUCUUUUACCACUGGGACGCAAUUAGUUAAAUUUCGUCUCACAUUGAAAAGAAUUAAACUAUAUUUUCUCUUAAUGAUAUAAAUUUUUCAUUCUACAGCUUUUUUUAUGGCUUCCUUACUACCCUAAAAGGAGAAAGUAUAAGCUUGCUUAGUGUAUUACACGCAGACUCCAAUUUUUGUAUUACCUUUAUAACUUUAAGUCUAUGACAGUACAAGAGGAAAGGAUUGUUAUGGUAUUAAUUUAUUUCUACAGUAAAAUUUGUGUUGGAUGUGAUAGAAUACUCUCAUUGUAUUGUAAUGAAAUUUUACAAGAUGUUUAUUGAUAAUUUCAGUUUGAUCAAGUUAUACAUGAUACAACACUAUUUGGAAGAGAAGCAUAUAUGUAUAUAAAUAAAUAUUUUGAAACGUUAUCUGCGUCUAUUGUUAUUGCGAAAAUCUAACCUAACCUAAAUUCUGAUUAUCUGCCUUCCUGACCAUCCUUCUAAACUGCAGUACUUCGUCUCCCUCAUUUUCCUUCUCUUCUUUCCACUCCACAUUGACCGUGCUUCCUUUCAUGCUCUCCCUUCUCAACCUCAU